CUCCGCUUCUCCCCUUCCGUUCCCCCGGCUUUCUUUCUUCCAUUUUUUCUCCGCUGCUUCCUCCAUUUCCACUCCGAUUCUUCUCUCUCUUGGCAUCGAGCUCCGGCGGAGGUGACGACGGCGAUGGCGGCGACGAGGGAGGAGAACGUGUACAUGGCGAAACUGGCAGAGCAGGCGGAGCGAUACGAGGAGAUGGUGGAGUUCAUGGAGAAGGUCACGGCGGCGACGGUGGAGGGGGAGGAGCUCACGGUGGAGGAGCGCAACCUCCUCUCCGUCGCUUACAAGAACGUCAUCGGCGCGCGCCGGGCCUCGUGGCGUAUCGUCUCGUCCAUUGAGCAGAAGGAGGAGAGCCGCGGCAACCAGGACCACGUCGCCGCCAUCCACGAUUAUCGGGCCCGGAUCGAAACCGAGCUCACCAAAAUCUGCGACGGGAUCCUUAAGCUUUUGGAUUCUCGCCUCGUCCCAUCCGCCGCUGUCGUCGACUCCAAGGUCUUCUACCUCAAGAUGAAGGGUGACUAUUACCGCUACCUAGCCGAGUUCAAGACCGGAUCCGACCGCAAGGACGCCGCCGAGAGCACCCUUAACGCCUACAAGGCCGCUCAGGAUAUGGCGUUGUCGGAACUGGCACCGACGCAUCCGAUCCGGCUGGGGCUGGCGCUCAACUUCUCAGUCUUCUAUUACGAGAUCUUGAAUUCGCCUGACAGGGCUUGCACUCUCGCCAAGCAGGCUUUUGAUGAAGCAAUUUCUGAGCUGGAUACUCUUGGAGAGGAAUCGUACAAGGAUAGCACUCUAAUCAUGCAGCUUCUCCGUGACAACCUCACCUUGUGGACUUCUGAUAUGCAGGAUGAUGGGGCAGAUGAUAUCAAAGAAGCAACCAAACAUGAGGAUGAGAAGUAGCUGAGAAAAAUAAUUCUAGUUCUCAGCUGCUUUUGGUGAUUUUUAGGUGUGUCAGCUUGCAGAUUGACUCUCAUCUUCAUUACCAAGUCUGUUUUAUUUCCUGGCUUGUGAUCUAGAAAAUCGUUUAUUUUAUGUGACUUUUCUUGUUGGCGUCUUUUCUCCUUUUCUUUUUUCUUUUUUAUUUUCUUCUUCCAAUUAGAAGGUCUGCUGCAGUUAUGUUUUAAUGCUACAAAUCUGCUGUUGAGUGUUUGACGUUAAAAGUUCCUGUCUUAUAGUGGAUCUAAUGGGUUCUAUUUCUUAUGAAAUGGGGAGCCUUAUCUUGGAUGCUUUGAAAAUUCUACAGUGUUCAGCUUUUUGCUA